AUGAACCUUUCACAACACCCCCUUGAAAAACUGGUGAACGGAGUCACCUCGGGCAUUGGCUUCGCAAGCGAAGUGCGCGGGUACAAAAAAGCGAGAAAAGCAGCCAGAAACGAGCGAGAACUAGAGCAGCAGAAACAAGAACAACAAGAAUCAUCGACCUCUGCCUCUCGGUCCCCCCCUCCAUAUACAGCAUCUCCUUUAGAAGAGGAGGGCGACGACCAAGAGAGAGCUGAUACGGCAGACUCCACCGCGGCUCACGACGAAGUCGAGCGCUCAUGGCAACUUGAUGAAGCGCAAGAUGUCGUAGUCGGGGAAUCCGAGCCUCGUAAAAGUAAAAAAGGAGUCGCUAACCCGGACAAAAUCAUCGGCGCUUUUCUCCAACGUCAGCCUCCUCCUUAUGCAUCAUCAUCAUCACCAGACGGCGCGCGUCCCAUAUCCAAACUCGAGUUCCCCGUUGCGAUACCGCAGCGACGUCCGAAGGAUAAGAAACGUGGGUUUAUACGUGCGUAUGCGUCAGACCUGGAAAACGUGGGCAUUAGCCAAGAGACCUGGUUCGAUUUUAUCGAGACGCUUAAUGAAGCCAGUCUUGCGAAUCCGUGGAUUAACGCUCUUAAUUUAGCGUCAAUAGCUGCAUCGCCGCUGCCAUUUGCGAUUUCAACUGCGAUUUCGAUGGCGAUCAUGGUUGCUACGACUGUUGCGAUUGAGGCGCAGAGUCGCUAUCGACAAAAUAAAGCUCUCGACAGACUCAAUGAAGAAUUCUUCCGUCCCCGCGGCCUCUUCUGCCUCGUAAUGACCUGGGACGCUACAUCAUUCAACGCCCGCACGAACGUCGAUAUCAACACAACUAUCCAAAAUACGAUGGACAGCCAGGGGAGGUUGUCUCAUAAAUUCCAGUCUUCUAACGCCAUCACAAAUGGAAUGGAGUCUAUGCAGACCGCAGAACUCAUCUUCCCGGGCCUCGACUUCCUCGCUACCACAACAAAGGACGAGCAGAAGGGAUUCAAGAAAAAGAUGCAGCGCGGCAAGCUGUUUGUUGAUGAUUAUAUGGAUCGCAGGGCGCAGGCUAAAUUCCUCGCCGAAAAUCCUAAUAGCCAUCUUACUCAAGCUGGAAAGCCGAAAUUCCUCUCCAAAUACGCCGAUCCAACGCAUCCUAUGCAGAGCGGAUUUGGUAACAUGAUGGGAGGACUUCAACAGCAGAACCGUGGCUUUGGCCUAGGGGGUGGUGGCAUGGGCAGAGGUUUCGGGGGGUUAGGAGGAGGGCUGGGCGGCUUUGGAGGAGGGAUGGGAGGACGAGGUGGUGGUCUGCUAGGGUUGGUCAACCUAGCUACACAGGCUAUUGGCGAUCGUGGCCAACAACAAGAUAACUACAACUACCGUGGCAACCCACCUGCGCCGUAUGGUGGUUCUAACUCUGGGUAUUAUGAUGAUCGCGGAGGGCAGCAACAACAAUACCAGCAACAGCAAUAUCAACAACAGCAAUACCAACAACGCGGUAUUGGUGCAGGCGGGGUUCUAAAUCUGAACAAGCUUUUUAGAUCUAAAGUACUCUAUUUAAUGGUCGUCAACAUGCCGACUGACGAAGAAAUGGCCCAAGCGCGAAGUCUGACUGCCGAUUGGAACAUUCAGGGUCAGCAGCUGCAAUUUUAA